GAACAUUUAUGGUGUUUGUUAGAUUGUGUGUGGUAGGAAAUGGAUGCUCCUGAACAAAAGCAGGUACGAGUUUCUAUGGCGAGGCCUGGCUGUGGAUCAAAAGGACAAAAAAUUCGACUAUUAACCAAUCACUUCAAUGUCAAGAUUGCCAAUACUGAAGGCUUCUUCUUCCAUUACUCUGUAUGUUUCAUCUAAAUAAUUUCUUAACAUAUAGUGACCAUGUUGUAUAAUAAUGUUGUUGCGAAAAUUGCAACAUUUGAAACUUUUCAUGUAUUAUGUUAUCUCUACUCUAUCCUCCAGGUUGCCCUCUACUAUGAAGAUGGAAAACCAGUCGAAAUGAAGGGUGUAGGAAGAAAAGUAAUGGACAAGAUCAAAGAAACAUAUAGCUCUGAGAUGGGUGGCAAGGAAUUCGCCUAUGAUGGUGAGAAGACCUUGUUUACUGUCGGUUCCCUCCCAAGAAAAAAGUUGGAGUUUACUGUACUGCUCGACAAGGUCUCAUCUGAAAGGACGGAUGGUAAGAGCAGCCCGGGAGGCAAUGGAAGUCCUAAUGAGAGUGAUAAAAAGAGAAGAAAGCGCGUGUCUCAAAGCAAGACUUUUAAGGUGGAGAUCAGUUAUGCAACCAGAAUUCCAAUCAAGGCAAUAAGUGAUGCUCUCCGUGGUAUAGAAUCUGAGGACUUCCUUGAUGCUGUCCGGGUCCUGGACAUAGUACUGAGGCAACAUGCUGCAAAUCAGGGGUGCCUAUUGGUGAGACAAUCAUUCUUUCGUGAUGAUAGGAACUCUGAUGUCCUUGGAGGGGGUGUCCUUGGUUGCAGGGGACAUCAUUCAAGUUUUCGAGCCACUCAAAGUGGACUGUCUUUGAACAUGGAUGGGACGCUUACUACAAUUGUUCAGCCUGGACCACUGAUAGAUUUUCUCCUAGCCAACCAGAAUGUACAAGAUCCAUACCAGCUUGAUUGGGUGAAGGCUAAGCGCACUCUGAAAAAUCUGAGGAUAAGAGUAGAACCUGCCAAUAUUGAGUGGAAAAUCUGUGGAUUGAGUGAAGAAAUUUGCAAAAGACAGAAGUUCACACUAAGGAGGAGAUCAGCUGAAAGAGGAGGAGAAAAUUUUGAGGAAAUUGAACUGACAGUUUAUGAAUAUUUUGCACAACAACGAAACAUAAAGCUUCGGUACUCAGGAGACUUUCCUUGUGUUAAUGUGGGUAAACCAAAAAGGCCGACUUACAUACCAGUCGAGCUAUGUUCAUUGCUUCCGCUACAAAGGUACACUAAAGCACUUACUGUCCAGCAGCGAUCUUCAUUGGUAGAAAAAUCAAGGCAGAAGCCACAAGAUAAAAUAAGGACUCUCACAGAUGCAAUGAGGAGGAGUAAUUAUGCUGCUGAGCCACUCCUACGUACCUGUGGCAUCACAAUCAACAACGAGUUUAUGCAAGUUGAAGGCCGUGUUUUGGCAGCUCCCAAGCUGAAAUUUGGUGAUGGGGAAGAUUUUCCAAGAAAUGGACGUUGGAAUGUAAACCGCAAGAGAUUUUCAGAUCCCGUUAAAAUAAAAAACUGGGUGGUGGUGAACUUCUCUGCACGCUGUGACAUACGCAACCUUUGCAGAGACCUAGUGAAGUUUGGGAGAAUGAAGGACAUUGAGUUCACUGAUUCCCCAAUGUGUACUUUUGAGGAAGAUCCACAGUAUAGACGAGCACCCCCUCCUGUUCGAGUGGACAAAAUGGCUAGUCAAGUGAAGUCACGACUACCUGGUCCUUCUACUAUUAUUCUGUGUGUCUUUGCUGACAGGAAAAAUUCUGAAAUAUAUGGCCCUUGGAAAAAGAAAGCCCUUGUUGAACUUGGAGUUGUUAGUCAAUGCUUGGCACCUCAACGAGUGAAUGAGCAGUACCUCACCAAUCUUCUGCUUAAGAUUAAUGCCAAACUUGGCGGAUUGAAUCAUCGGCUUGCAGUUGAACGCAACAUUCCUGUGCUCAUUGAUAAGCCUAUGAUAAUCCUCGGAAUGGAUGUUUCUCAUGGCUCUCCUGGACAGUCUGGAGUUCCAUCUAUUGCUGCUGUUGUGAGUUCUAGACCCACAUCAAUAUAUAAGUACAGAGCAUCUGUCCGUUCUCAGUCCCCAAAGGUUGAAAUGAUCGAUUCAUUGUACAAGCCUUUGCCUGGAGGAAAAGACGGAGGCAUUAUCAGAGAACUUCUGGAGGAAUACUACUCGAGUUCAGACCGCCCAGUUAAGCCAUCACAAGUCAUAAUAUUUAGGGAUGGAGUGAGUGAAUCACAGUUUAAGCAGGUCCUCAACAUAGAGUUUGAACAGAUUCUUCAGGCAUGCAAAGCUCUUGAUGAAAGUUGGUCUCCUAAGUUCACCAUUAUCAUUGCUCAGAAAAAUCAUCAUACCAAAUUUUUCGAGCAAGGAAGUCCUAACAAUGUACCACCUGGUACCGUGGUUGACAGCAAAGUCUGCCAUCCUCUUUACUAUGAUUUCUACAUGUGUGCACAGGCAGGGAUGAUUGGAACGAGCAGGCCAACUCACUAUCAUGUUCUGCUGGAUGAGAUUGGCUUUUCAGCAGAUCAGCUGCAAGAGUUGAUUCACUCUCUAUCCUACGUGUACCAGAGGAGCACUACUGCUAUAUCUAUUGCUGCACCUAUUCGAUAUGCUCAUCUGGAAGCCACCCAAGUAUCCCAGUUCCUGAAGUAUGAAGACCUGUCAGAAACAUCAUCGGGUCAUGGAAGCAUGACUUCUGUUGGAAAUCCUUCUGUGCCUGAAAUUCCCAAGCUGCAUGACAGAGUGUGCACCUCCAUGUUCUUCUGUUAAUUACACCUUUUAAAACAAUGAUCUGAAACAUUAGCCCCUCAGUUUACCAUGAAGUAUGUAGGAUAUUAGGAAUUUAGGAUAAUCAAAUAACCAAUGCACAACUAUCUCUAUGCUUUUUGCGAAAUUAUGCAUAUGGAUUUGGCUGGUAACACAGGUCUAUAGGUCGUCGUUGAUCAGAACUUUUGGACUAAAUUAUCAGUUGACUAUGUUCAUGCAGUUUGUAAUCUUUUGACUAUCAAAAGACUUGAUUGUAAUUGAUGCUUUUAGUCUGCUAGACUUUUUACAAUGCUUCUUCAUACAAUAGAUUCAACAUGACUAUCUGUUGACUGUUGCUUAGAACAAAGUCAUACAUAAUGAAGGUUAAGUAGUCUUGGUCCCGGCUAUAGUAAAGUGCUUAAACAGCAGAAGAUAACAGCAUAGGUAACCUGCAUAUUUGCAAAAUGAUCGCUAUGAUGCCCUAAUCUUUGGACUGGAGGCAUUUGUUGUAGCUAGCUCAUUGCUGUACUAUAAUGUGCAAUGUUUUGUUUCGCUUUAGAUAACCCCAAGUUUGCUUGCGACUUUCCUGUUUAUUACAUGUGAGCAAAAUCAUUUGCCAAAUA